GGCUCAUAGUACCCGCGGGCACUUUAAUUUGUUGUUUAGUCUUCGUUUGUACAUUCUGUCGGCAAUAGCAAUGACUCCAAGUCCUGGCUCACCAAGUCGACCCGCGGCAUGUAUAGAAUGUCGACUUGCCAAGCAAAAAUCUGACCGGUUUACUGACCAGACUGAUACUUGUGCUCGUUGUGUCAAACAUGGGUUCGAUUGCUUUGUGCUCAUUAAACGCAGAGGAAGAAGACCCAAAAGUGGUUAAGUACUUGAGUCUAGAACAACAAAAUCAUCAAACAUGACAGUCAAACCGGCGGCAUCUCACAAAAUUAUAGGCUCUCUGCACAUCAAUCAAUCUCCCUUCAGAACGUCAAACCCAACUGGAAUCAAAUCAAGACCUACAGCCUUCUACCUCAAACCACCAAGCCGCUCUCGAGUCUCAAGCAGACCCCCAUACCUCCAAACCCUCUAGUGACCGACGCGCCAAGCCGAGUCAUAGUGUUGCGGCGCCGUCAGCGUGGUCAACAGCUAAACCAGUUGAUGCUGUUCCGCCAGAAGCCCGGGAUGGCACUCCGGUCUGGAGCGCAGGAGUUUUAGCAUCUGCAUUAUGGGCCGAUGUUUACAGCAAAGGGCGCCGGCGUACCUUGCCACACCUGAUGGUCCCGUUCGACAUCGACAGAGUAACUGCUCCGUCCCCCAGUGAUACGACUAUCGCCGUACACCAUGGUCCGAAGACACUGGCAAGUAUUCUGCCACCUAUUGGAUCCCUAAGCUCGCAACUUGAGUGCGUAACGCCCACUUGGAUAUCGUGCGAUCAUUCCUGCGAUCCUCUAGUUGAGCCAGUCAUCGCUGGAAUUCUUGACCCUGCAGAUGCUGAGAGAUUGUGGGAUCGGUACCUGCGCACCGCUCUCGCUAGCCCGGGCUCCUCGGCGUAGUUGAGAACGGUUAUCAUACUUUCCGUCGCUCCUCAACCUUCCUCUGUACCGUCAUCCUCCAUCUUAGCGCGAGACUCGCAGACUAGAAUGAAGGGGCUGAGCACUCCUAGCACUUCAUCGAACACCAAGCAUCAAGCCAGGAAACCGCAACAAUGUGGCGGGACUUGGAAGAAAAUUUAUACACCCGAAUCCGCCAUCUGGCAGCUGACGCUUUCUUCACUCGCACGUGCACUUUGGAAACGGUGCAAGGAUUUCUCCUCUUGAAUUUGUGGAAAGAGAUCAAUGAUUCGGUUUCUCCUCUGCAUUUUGGAUUCGCCGCUCGCAUUACCAUGGACAUGCGCCUUGGUGAUCAUCUACCGGAUCUGGACGACACGCUAGAUCCAGCCUCUCGACGAAGACUUCGGCAUCAUUUCCACAAAACACAGGAAACCUACCUGGCUAUGUACGCAGAAGAUCGAAUGCAGUCGACCCUUUGCGUGACGGGCACCACGGUUUCCGCGCGCGCCCCGGCAGUGCAAGAAUGUGCAGCUCCUACCUGCAAUCACCUAUCCUUCGCGCCACAGCUACGCGCCAUGGUUACAGCUCGUCUCCUGGUACCCAGUUCUAGGUGUAGGGGAAGAGGAGGCUCGAGGCACGGAUCGGCGUCAAGACAGGACCCAUUUUCGAAUCGAGCAUAAGUCGACGGGUGCGUAGACAAGGUGAGGAGAAGUGAGCAGAAGUGAGAAGA